AUGCCACUAAGUCCAAAAGUACAAAUAAAAUCGAAUGGAAUCCACGGGCAUUCCUGGUUUGCGUCAGCCGAUAUAAACGUAAAUGAGUCUGUCUGGUGGAAUAAUACGCCACAUUCCGAACUGUUCUUAACACGUAAAGAAAUUGCUGCAUUACCUAAUGAUAAACGUUUGAAAUUUCUUAGCUUAUGUUAUCAAGUAUCAGAUGAUUUAUAUUCUGGUUUUGAUCCGGAUGUGGAACCGCUUGAAUCUGAAUUAAUUGACAGUUACGUAAAUCAUUCGUGUGAUGGCAAUAUCUGGUUCGCAAAUCCUGAUCUUUUGGUUGCUAGCAGAGAUAUAAAGAGUGGAGAAGAGAUUGCGUAUGAUUAUGUAAUGACACAAGCAGAUCCAGAGUGGAGAUUGGCUGAAAAAUGUUUGUGUAAAGCAAAAAAUUGCCGAGGUAACGUAACGGGAAAUGACUGGAAAAUAAAAGAAUUACAAGAAAACCUGAAAGGGCACUUUUUUCCUCAUGUACAGAAGAAAAUUGAUGAGGCAGCUAAGCAAGAGAAACAAUGA